AGGUAAACCCUAAAUCCCAACCCAAACCUUUGUGCCUUUCCUCAUCUACAGAGAGAGAGAGAGAGAGAGAGAGAGAGAGAACAAGCACUUUCUGAAGAGGUAACUAGAAGCGUUGGAACUGAGAGAGAAUCAGAUAUGGCGAGCGCAGACGUAGAGACCGUGGACUUCGAUUUUCAAGAAGACGAUCUCAUGGACGAGGAAGGAGCCGCCGACGCGGAGCCCUCGGCUUCCCCUAGGGCCCCACAACCCAAGCUCAAGUCCGCAAUCACCGGCGUCGGCGCGUCCGCCUCACCCGCCGCCCCUAAAAAGACUAAAGGUCGCGGAUUUCGUGAAGAUCUCAAUCCCGACCGUAACAACCGCCUCGCUGCCUCCGACUUCGACUCCCUCAACUCCUCAGACGGCCUCGAACCCCAACGAUCUGUUGAGGGAUGGAUUAUUCUGGUCACUGGGGUACAUGAGGAAGCCCAAGAGGAUCAUCUACAUAAUGCAUUUGGUGAAUUUGGAGAGAUAAAAAAUUUGCAUUUAAAUCUUGAUCGCCGCACUGGGUUUGUGAAGGGAUAUGCGCUGAUUGAAUAUGAGAGUUUUGAAGAGGCACAAGCUGCGAUAUCUGGAAUGAAUGAAGCUGCAUUACUUACACAGAUUCUUAAUGUUGAUUGGGCCUUCAGCAAUGGAUCCUUCCUUGAUGGAUCCAGGAAGAAGACCACAAGAUCUCUACGAGAACGUCGUUCGAGGAGUCCCCCUAGGAGGAGAUACUAAUGUGGCAUGCAUAGUUUGGUCGUGAGGGGGCAUGGAUUUUGAACAGUGGGUUGGAUAUUUUAUCAUUGACUUACUAAAGAUUUGGGUUAAUGUGUGGAAUUCACCUAUUUUAUGGAUUCAUCUCAAUUUGCCUCAGAGCUCUCACCUUCUUUUCCCCUUAUUGUAUGCAUUCGAAGUGAUUUCCCAGUUUAGUCAUGGGUUCUUAUUAACAUGAGUAUGUUUCUCUAGCGUGGUUACUUUAUCUGACUUUGAAGAUGCUGCUAAGACCAUAAUUUUUGUAAUUGUAAUGUAGAUUAACCUUAAUUUAUCUUUUCAAGUUUUUUUUUUUUUC